UUCAAAGCGAGGCAGGGGAAUAAUAUUGAAGUUAGAGUUUAGUUCAUGCAGAAGUAGGAAGUGGAUUGUAAAACGAAGUUGCGUAGAAAUGGCCUAUUUUGGUGGCGGUCCAGGCUACCAACCUGACAGUAGAGAAUUUUUAUGGAAUGUCUUUAGAGGAAUCGAUCGAAAUGGAGAUGGACAGAUAAAUGCCACAGAAUUACAGCACGCUUUAAAGAAUGGAUCAUGGACUGAGUUCAACCCAGAGACUGUAAGAUUGAUGAUUGGCAUGUUUGACCAAGAUAGAAAUGGGACAAUAGAUUUCCAUGAAUUUGAAUCUCUUUGGAAUUAUGUGACAGAAUGGAGUAGAACCUUUAGAAACUAUGAUCUGGACAACAGUGGUGCUAUAGAUAAAAGAGAGCUGAUUUUAGCUCUACAAGGUUUUGGUUACAAUGUUUCAGAUCGCAUCGUCAAUAUUCUAAUGCGAAGGUUCGAUCGUUCUGGAACUUUGGAAAUACGAUUUGACGAUUUUGUUCAACUUUGCAGUGUUCUUCGGAUGCUAACAGAUGGCUUCAAAAGAUAUGAUCGACAGUUAAAUGGAUGGGUUGACCUUGGCUACGAGCAGUUCCUCACGCUUGUCUUCAGUCUGCGACACUAGACCGUGUAUGUUCAUGAGCUUCGUGGGUGUAACACAUAGAGUAGAAUGAACAAUUUAGAUUUUUUCAUUCAAGUAUCAUAAGAGGAGUUGAUAGCAGUAGAAUACUUAGAUGCUUUUGCUUUACACAGCCUGUAAUGGCUUUCCAGUCUUCACAAAGAAGGGGAUGUUAAAUUAGCAAUGUAUCGCUUUGAUGCUAUUUUUACUCAGACUAGUGGCUAGUUAACUAAAAGGCUAUCUAUUUUUUAUCGUAGACGCAUGCAUGUAGAAAAAAAUAUUGAUCCGGUGAAAUUCGUGAUAUUCUAUCUAAACAUCGACAGUAAACAGAUUUUAGAAGCAUUGAGCUGUCUUCAGGGUGUUCAAUCGGAUGAUUUUGAUAUUCACUUACUUGGUUUUGAUUCAGGUUAAUUUAUAACACUUGAUUUACACGAGACAUAUCAUUUUGUGAGUAAAGAACAAAACUUAGACGUUAAGAAAGCGGCAAGUAAGAGAGACUCGUAAGAGAAUACUUCACGUCGCUUGCCCUCAGAAAGAUCUAUUACAGAAUAACAAACAUAUAGCACAGCGAAAUAUAAGCAAAUAAAGUCUAUCAAGCAAUUCUCCCAUCACGGGGGUAAAACCCCACAGUAUCUAUCAACAACAAAGUCGAACCUGGCAUAUAUUUUGCCUCCAUGGGUGUCGCGCCAGGCCUCUUUGUUGGAGUAGACUUUGGAAUAGCUUUGAAUGGCCCCUGGGUUGUUGAGAAAUUUAAUGUGCCCUGUUAUAUCGUUUCUGUUCUGGAGUUCUACAGUAGACUGUAAUGUUUUAUUAGCAUCAAAAACAGCAACGUGCUAGUCCAAUUGGUUCUAGUUUUCCCUUUUUUUCGUAAGAAUGCUUAUUACUCUUUGGAACGUCAAUAACAGACAUACUGGUGUUAUUUUGGUCGAUGACAACACUUAUUUAUGCUAGAAUAGUGUAUUCCUUUAAAAUCUCCUCUCCAUGAUUUAUUUGUAAAAUAUUUGCAAAAAUGAACACUGCCUUCAAUUGUCUUAAGUUCACGAAACAAUUGUUUCAUUCUACCCAUUAUAUCUUGGAAGUUCAUUUUUGUUGCUUUAUAGGAUAAGUAGUGUAAUUUUCUGUAGUUAUGUAAUGUUGGAAGCUGUAUUUUUUAGUAACGCACUUACAACUUUUUUUCAAGUGUAAAACAAUUAAUUAAUGUAGUUUUUCAAUGUUUAUAGUUGGCAAUAUGUAGGUAUAUAGCUUUUACAUGUUUCACAUAAUUAAGGCUUUGGCGAACAGGUGUAAUAUAAGUUUUCCUUCUUGCUUCAGAGACAUAAUUUGAAAUCAGUUCUUUAAACACAACAGUGUCUAUCAAAUGAACAUCAGACACUGUGGCGCACGUAUAGUUGUUAACUAAUGGUAGUCCUCCUCUAUGGAAUUUUUAUGGAAAUAGAUAAAUUCCCUGCUUUGUUC